UACUGGACGCGUUUGCCUUCACCCACGCAUAACAAAGUCUUUAUUUAGAAACAAUCUCCAGAGUAGACGCUAUGAGUUAUUUUGUACCGACCAGCCAGUAAUCACUUUGUUCGCGGCCUUGAUAUUGAGCACACAGUUUCGCGUAUUCAGAUAAAACAAUACCUCUAUCGACUGUUAACAUUUAACAGAUAAGAAACCGCUCAAGUGAUGUUGUAUUUACUGCCGCUCGCGUUAUUCGCGAGUGCUCUGUCUGCAAGUAGUGACGCGUUAUCGACAAAAAUGACGAAAAAUCUAAAGGUUCUCGUGUCGUCCAACGACUUUCCUGAGAGUGGAUUGGAAGUGCUAAAAGAACAUUUCACAGUGUUGCAAAGUCGGUACCUACACUUCGGGGAAGAAGGUGUGAGGGAGAACAAGGAAGAACUGCUCAACCUCAUACCAGGCUGCUCGGCGCUUUUGUGGUCCUCCCACCAUCCGAUCUCUAAAGAGCUGCUGGAUAAGGCAGGGCCGCAGCUUAAAAUCGUGAGCACCGCAUCAGCGGGCUACAACCACGCCAACGUGCCGGAGCUUAAAGCAAGGGGCAUCAAGCUGUCAAACACCCCCAACGUACUAAGCUCCGCGGUUGCUGAGAUAGCUGUUGCUUUGAUACUGGGCGCUGCGAGACGCUUCACUGAAAAUUUAGAACAAGUUAAAAGCGGACAAUGGGAUAUAGGCUUCACCAAAACACUGGGGCAAGAUAUCCGAGGCAGCACAGUGGGGAUUAUUGGGCUCGGCGGUAUCGGCCAGGCUACGGUGAAAAGAUUGUCCGGCUUCGAGGUUGGCAAGUUCCUAUACACUGGACACAGGGAGAAACCUGAAGCUAAAGCUUUAAAUGCUGAAUUCACAUCGUUGGACAACCUGCUCAACCAGAGUGACUUCGUGGUGUUGGCGGUGCCCCUGACCGAUGAGACCAACCGCAUGAUCAACAGCACCACCUUGGGGAAAAUGAAGAAGAACGCCAUACUCAUCAAUGUUGGGCGAGGAGACUUAGUAGACCAGGAUGCGCUGUACGACGCUCUGAAGAACAAGCAGAUUUACGCGGCCGGUCUCGACGUAACAACACCUGAGCCUCUACCCAAAGACAACAAACUCUUGACAUUGCCUAAUUUGUUCGUGCUCCCGCACAUCGGCAGCGCCACGGUGCGCACGCGCAGCGACAUGGCUGUGCUCGCAGCGGAGAACAUCGUCAACGCGCUCACUGGGAAACCCCUCCUAACGCCAGUGUUGCCAUAAAAAAUUAAAUGAAAAAAAUCAUAAUAUAUAAUGAAAUAAACUAACAGAAUUUAUUUAUAAAAGUGGCCCGCGUACAAUUUUUUUUUAUUUCAAACAAGCGUUCAUAGAGAAUUUUGCUUAUUUUUGAUUCAAAACAACGCGAAGUAUUUUAUUUUGUCGAAUAAAUAAUCUAGUCGUUUUCAAAAUGCCUCUACAGUACUUUUAUGUGGGUUUGUUAAACGAGCAUGUAUUAACGUCAAAAACGUCAACCCACCUCAAUCAAUCAAUGGGAAUGAAAAACGACCGUUAAAGUUGAUGGCAUUGUUCUAAUAUUGAAGUACUUACACUGAUUUAAUAUGUUAAUAAUGAAUCAAAUUGAGUUGUAAUAUUUCCCUGGUAAAACUCAAUUAAGUGUUCGGAAGUUGAAAUAGGUAUGUAACAUAAUUAAUGAUUUUAUCAUCUGAACUGUUGACCCUAAAAGUUGAUGGAAUUGGCCUUAUGUUUAACUACUUACUUAUUUUUAUUGUAAUACUCGAUUAUAUUUUAUUAAUGUUUA